AGCUGAGCCAGCCAGCAUAGGGGCGAGGUCAGUGCCGUCCAUUCUAGGAGGAGGUCAUGGUCUCCGUUGCCCUGAAAUCAGUAUCUGCUACUCCAAAAAUUUAGAAGCAAUCGGCCCGCGUCAUAGGACCGGCCAGCCUCUGAUUGGUCAGCCGGUCACCAGACGGUCUUCCUGGGAUUUGUCUGGCCUGGGGGUGGCACCUCCCAGAGUCAGAGCGGGAGUAACGGGACUUUAGGACGCAGGAGACCCCUAGUUCAGUCGUCCGAGGGACGAGUUGCCUCUCAGCGCGGAGUCCUGAGGUGCACCGCCGAGCUGUAGGGAGAUCGGAACUGGAAACCAAGAUCGUCCGACCCCGGAGCCUGCGAGCCCAGUGGAGCUGGGGAGGGAGAUAGGGACCAUGCCAUACCUGCUCAUUAGUACCCAAAUCCGUAUGGAGGUGGGUCCCACAAUGGUCGGAGAUGAGUUCUCUGACGAGGAGCUGAUGGGAUACUUGGGGGCCACUAAGAGGAAUGUGCUGGGAAACCUCUUCUGGGAAUACUAUGUCAACGACCCUCCCCGAAUCGUUCUGGAUAAACUGGAGGCCCGAGGGUAUCGUGUGGUGAGCAUGACAGGCGUGGGCCAGACACUUGUGUGGUGUCUACACAAGGAGUAACCAUCUCCCGUCUGAGCUUGAGGCUCCUUUCAGGCCUGCUGGACCCGGAGAGCUCCCUGUGUACCAACUGCCCCAUCCUCCCAAGCCCUUGUCCAGGACAGCCAAGAUCCCUGUCUGGGUGGAGUGAUGCCAUCUUCCUGAUCUGUCACAUCUCCCUACCCAGCAUCUACCACCUUCGUAGCAACCCACUGCAGUCAGUGACUGAGGCAGGGCAUGCACUGAAGCCCCCUUGCUACGCCCCCUCGUCACGCCCCCUCAUCCUCAUAGCUGCCCUGCCUGCUCCAUCCCUGACUGGAUGGCACUGUGCAGGCCCUGACACAGCCAGCAGGAGAGUUUUCCUAUAGGGAGAAGAAACCUUACCCAGCUGGGAAGCCCAAUCUAAUCCUAGAUUUCCCUAGCUGUGAAACUGAGCGAAGUCUGAAGAUGCCCCCAGGUCAAACUGUAAGCUAGUCCAAGACAAUAAAGAACUGUGAUGAGCAGUUGCUUUUCUGCCA